AUGCGGAAAUUAUGGCAGAGAAAGGAGCAUCUCUUGAGGAAAUGCCUCCCUGGGGGAUCCCACUGUAACGUGAUCAGUGAUCAAGGGUGGGAGAGAGAGCCCAUUGUGGGUGGGACCAUCCCUGAACUGUUAGUCUUGGGAUCUACGAACAAGCAAGCUGAGAGGUUUGAGGGGGUGAAGCAGCUAAAGCUGCAUAAGGAGUUCCAGGACUUAGAGGAAGUGAUGGAGGAGAGUACCAGAGAAGACCUGGGCCCUCAGGAGAAGUUGGAAGCUGAGCAUAGCCACAGAGCCAAGAUUCUCAACCUAAAUCUUCCAGAGGCAGAGCAGCAGCAUGUGAAGCAGGCAGAGCAGGAACAGCUUCGGAAGGAGGAAAGCCAGGUUUGUCUGCGGAAUCUGUACACCCUGCAAGAGGAGGUCCUGCUCCUCAACCAGCGGCUGAAUGCCUCCAGUCUGCACAAAGACCAGCUCAGUGCGAACAUGGCUGCCUUCCAGACCCGGGGCAGCCAACUGUGUGUCCUCAUCUCUGGCAUCAUUCACACCACAUUGGAGAACGGUUAUUCCACAGCAGAGAACCAAGCUGAGGCUGAGCGAGCCCUGCAGGAAACGCGGCAACUCCUCUCAAAUUUGAAGCAGGAGAUCACCAGAUCCUCUGAACUGAAGAAGAAGAAGAAUGAAGAGGAGGCCCGGGAGUCACCGGUACAGCAAGGGCCAGGGGCUCCCACCCAGACCUUGGUACCCAGCCUACGCCCAGUAGGAAUGCAAAAUGAAGACCUACAAGUGAAAGCAGAAGAUAGUACAAUGCAGUGGUACCAACAGCUUCAAGAUGCUUCUGCCAAAUGUGUAUUGGCAUUUGAGGACCUGGACACCAGCAAGGACAGUCAGACCCAAAUGAUAAAAAUGGACUUGCAGAAGGCAGUUACCAUCCCAGUGAGUCAGAUCUCUACCAUCACAGGUUCAAAGCUGAAAGAGGUCUUUGACAAGAUCCAUAGCCUACUCUCUGGAAAGCCUGUCCAAUCUGCUGAGCGUUCUGUGUCUGUCAAUCUUAACCCACAGGGGCUGGACUUUGUCCAGUACAAACUGGCAGAGGAAUUUGUGAAACAAGGGGAGGAGGAAGUGGCCUCUCACCACGAAGCGGCAUUCCCCAUCGCAGCCGUGGCAUCUGGUAUCUGGAUGCUCCACCCCAAAGUGGGAGACCUCAUUCUUGCUCAUCUCCACAAGAAGUGCCCUUAUUCUGUUCCUUUCUACCCAGCUUUCAAGGAAGGAAUGUCUUUGGAGGAUUAUCAACGGAUGCUUGGCUACCAAGUGAUAGACUCUAAGGUUGAGCCACAGGACAAGUUUCUAAAACGAAUGUCUGGGAUGAUCCGUCUGUAUGCUGCCAUCAUCCAGUUCCAGUGGCCCUAUGGAAACCAGCAGGAAGCUCAUCCUCAUGGCUUAAAUCACGGCUGGCGCUGGUUGGCACAGAUUUUAAACAUGGAGCCUCUCUCAGAUGUGACAGCUACUCUCCUGUUUGACUUCUUGGAGGUGUGUGGGAAUACCCUCCUGAAGCAGUACCAGGUCCAGUUCUGGAAGAUGAUACUUCUCAUCGAAGAGGACUACUUGCCCAGAAUUGAAGCCAUCACGAGCUCAGGACAGAUGGGCUCUUUCCUACGUCUGAAGCAGUUCUUGGAGAAAUGUCUGCAAUGCAGGGAGAUUCCUGUCCCUAGAGGCUUUCUGAUGUCCUCCUUCUGGCACUUUUGA